AUGUUGGCCAUUAAAGAAUCGUUAGACUGGUUAGAAAAAUCAAUUGCCGAUGAAAAUCUCAAUAAUUACGAAUAUUCCGAAUUCAAAAAUUUAAAGUUAAUAGGGGAAGGUUCAUUUGGAAACGUUAUAAGCGCAAAAUGGAAAAAUACUGAUCGUUUUUUCGCUUUGAAAUCUUUUAAAAAUGAUAGCGUUUCUAUUAAAGAAGUUGUAAAUGAGUAA